ACUGUGAGCUUUGAUUUAAGCAGGGGUAAUAUGGUAGAUGCCUUCCGGAUGCAUAUAAUGCAGACAAAAGAGCUUGGGACAUGUCCUGUCAGGCAGAUUGGAGGCUGCUCUUUCUUCUAUAUGAGAAUCAACAAUGUAUAUAUUGUGAUUGUAGUUAGCAGCAAUGCAAAUGUCGCAUGUGCAUUCAAGUUUGUUGUUGAGGCUGUUGCACUAUUCAAAUCUUAUUUCGGUGGUGCUUUUGAUGAAGAUGCCAUUCGUAAUAACUUUGUUUUAAUCUAUGAGCUUUUGGAUGGUAAGCCAUCUGGAUAUUAAUUAAUUUUUUAUAUU